CCCUCCUGCGCUGCCCGCCCUGCCCGCCGCGCGCGACCAUAAUGGAGCUCUCGGAGACGCUGCCGAAGGACUACGAAGAGCGCAUGGUGUCCGCGUCCGUCGACUGCGCCGGCGGCAAGGGCGACGGCGACGCCUGCCACGCCGUCGGCGAGUUCUUUAGCGUCAUCCGCAAGGACUACGCCGCGGCGCGCGAGACCUACGGCAAGAACUGCGAGGCGCGCAAGCACGGCGCGUCCUGCUUCGCGCUGGGGCGCCUGCUCCUCGGCGGCCGCGGCGGCGCCGCGGACGAGGCGCGCGGCGAGCGCGCGUUCGCGGCCGGCUGCGACCGCGGCCACGCGCCCGCGUGCCACCACCUCGGCGUCCUCGCCUUCAAGCGCAAGGACGACGCGGCGGCCCUGGCCCACCUCGAGAAGGCCUGCGACGGCGGCGACGCCGCGAGCUGCUACGUCCUCGGCGGCUACUUCCUCCGGCCGGGCGCGGCGAAGCAACCGGCCAAGGCCCGCGAGUUCCUCGAGAUCGCCUGCGACGACGGCCACGCGCCGGCCUGCCACAACCUCGCCGUGAUGAUGAAGAACGGCGACGUCGGCGUCCCGCGCGACGCGAAGCUCUUCGACAAGUACGCGGCGCGCACGCGGGAGCUCGUCGCCGCGGCCGGCGCCGCGCGCGGCGUCCGCGUGGCGUAA